UACUCAACUCAUCAACAUCUUCUUCAAUACAUACACACACUACUUAUACAUGCCUAUAAACAAUAGUUGUAUGUCCACAAUUCAAACAAUGACAAGAUUGACGGAUGAAGAAUAUUAUGAAAUCAGUCUAGCACACACCUUAGUGUUGAAGACAGAGAUGGGCAAAAAAGGGAGAGAGAGAGAGAGAGCUGGUGACAAAGAGGAGAAAUGUGAUGCUAGACGUGUGGAGAGGAACGUCUUGACAGAUACAUACAUAUGCAUAUGCGUGUGUGGUGUGUAUAUCUUCCAGAUUAAGAUUGAGAAUGGGAAUUAGUUUUUCAAGGGAUGGCCGAAGAAGAAAGGUAGAUGCGGUCUUUUACUCCAUUGAUUAUAACUUUUUAAUUUAUACUAGUACUUUUUUAUAGAUUCAGCCAUCACUGUAUUAAAUUCUGUAAAAAAGAACAAUCACUGUGUUUUACAGAGUAUGUAUAUAUAUCAGGCAUGUUUAUAGAUGCAACAAUCACUGUAAUAAAUUGUGUCACAACUGACAAAAAACACACUGUAUCAUUAAAAAU